AUGGCCGAGCCUUCGAUCAUUGAUCCUGAUGGGAACAGUUACGAACGAACAGCUAUUGAAGCUUGGCUUUCCAGUCAUGGAACUUCACCCAUCACACGAGCACCACUUACAGUUACCGAUCUUCGUCCUAACCGUGCCUUGAAAGCUGCAGUUAGUGAAUAUCGCAACUCGGUACAUCCUAAAGAGCAAACUAAUCGUCAUCCUCGAGCAAAAGCAGUGCCUUAUGAAUUGACAGCAACAGGAAACUAUGCAAACGGUUUUGUUCAUCUUUCUAUUCAACCACCGCCGGACACAACACGUUCUCCGUGUGACAUUUGUUGUGUCGUUGAUACAUCAGGCUCCAUGGCUGUUCAAGCAGAAAUUCAAAAUGACUCAAACGGGAAAUUCNGAAGGCACUGCCUCUUUAAACGUGCCAGCGUAUUCAAACAGAAACAGUAG